AUGCAGAAGGGCUGGAAGAAGUACUUCGGGAAGUCCUUCAGCGAGGUGGCCAUGGACAAGUACCUGGGCAGCCUGGGGCUGUACCGCAAGGUGACGGCUAAGGACGCCUCCUGCUUAUUCCGAGCCGUCUCGGAGCAGCUGUUUUUAACUCAAAAUCACCACCUAGAAGUUAGGCAAGCUUGUGUUUCGUUUAUGAGGCAGCAUCAGCUUCAGUUUGAAUCUUAUGUGGAAGGAUCAUUUGAGAAAUACCUUGAACGACUGGGAGAUCCAAAGGAAAGUGCUGGCCAGCUGGAAAUGAGUGCUUUAUCAGUGAUGUACAAGCGAGACUUUAUUCUGUACCGCUGCCCUGGAAAGCCCCCCAUUUAUGCUACGAACAAUGGCUUUGAAGACAAGGUUUUGCUGUGUUGUUCAGACAAUGGCCAUUAUGACUCUGUGUAUACAAAACAGUUUCAGGAAAAUGCUGCUGUUUGCCAGGCUAUAUUAUAUGAGAUCCUGUACAAAGAUGUGUUUGGCAUGGAUGAGGGAGAAUUAAAGUCUGCAGUGGAGAUAUUUCGAAGGGGAUCCAGGAAGAACAGAAACAAUGUCUCUGUGGCAAGUGAGGAUGCGGACUUUGAUUGUCUUCAUGAAAAAGUAUCCAGAAAUCCAUCAGAAAAGAGACUGAACUACAGGGAAGGCAAUGAGACUGACAAUCCACAGGAAGAUAAGGUCAAACAAGACGCUGAAGAAGAAAAGCAUCUGAAAAAUCCAUCAAAGAUGCCUGUUCCUUAUAGAGUACUAAAGGCUCUGGACCCUGGGAUCUAUCGAAAUGUGGAGUUUGAUGUUUGGCUGGACAGCAGAAAAGAGCUUCAAAAAACUGACUACAUGGUGUUUGCUGGGAGACAGUACUAUUUAGGAGACAAGUGUCAGGUAUGUCUGGAGCCUGGAGGUAAGUAUUACAAUGCUCAUAUCCAGGAAAUCGGACAAGAUGGUGACACCUUGACUGUAUUCAUUGAGGAGCUGGCAGAAAAGCAUGCAGUUCCUUUGACAAGCUUGAAACCGGUGACACAAGUAGCACCUGUCCUUGCUUGGAAUAUGGUUUCCGCUUUAAAAAGAGGAGCCUAUCAGAAAAUAGCAGGUGGAUACUUCUCAGGAAUAGAAAUGGAUGUGAAGACAGGGAAAAAACUGCCUAAGAAAAUUCGUGGCAAGGAAGUUUUUAUGACGGUUUCUUACAGCAGGGGUCAGGCAGCUCUUCCACCCCGGCUACAGCAUGAUGUUUCUUCAAGGCACUCUACUCCACUUCAUUGCUCACAGGGUGGUGGGAACAUGCCACCUUAUGAACACUAUCAUCCUCAGAACACUCCUCAUAGACGUAACCAUGGAUUUGGGAUGUCAAGUUCAUACAGCCAUAGCUGCCGUCAGAUGCAGUGUGCGAAUAAGGAGUCUCAGUAUGGGUUUGUGCCAGGGAAUGGAGAGCAGCCUCAAGGACCAGAAGAAACUAUAGCUUUCUACGAAAUCCAAGGAGAGGAUAACACUGCUUUUCCUACUUUGCCAGUAAGUUACUAACAAAAGGAUAUCCAGGAUAACCCUGGUCCCAUUAUCCGUGAUACAGCAGGAUUCUGGGUAGCAAGGAGAAGCCCAAACUCAGAUGUUGCUAACAAGCAGAUCCUGAAUUCUUGUGAGGAGGAAGAAGCAAGUGAAAAUGGGAAAUUCCAUGAAGAAUAUAUCUAUGCUUCUCCAAAUCCUGACUGUGACACUGCAACGGUAUUUAGUUCAGCAGAGCCUAUGGAAAACUUGGAAGAAGAGACAAUCUCUGUGUCACCUCAAGAUGGAGUGGCUUCCCACAGCUGUCCCCAGAAGGUGGUGGUGAAUUCUGCAGCUAUGUCAACCUCUACAGCUGUUUAUGCUGCUCCAGCUACAGGCUUCUCCUCAAAUUCUGCUGCCUCCAGUCCAGCGAGUGCCACAACAGCAGCUUCCCCACAAACAGCAGGCCAGCCAGUUGUGAUAUCUCCCCCUUCUAUAGGGAGGCCAGCAGUUUCUUUGGUGCCAGUGCCAGUUUAUUCAGCCCCUCUUCCUCCAGUCAGUGAGGUGGGAGAAGCUGGUACCAUUCUUCCACCUUACUCUUGUGAUCCCAAUGGCAGUGAUCUGCCUCAAGAUGGAAAGGUCUUGCAGUAUUUUAAUCUGGGAUUGCAAUAUUACCACCAGAGCUAUUGGCCUCCCAUGAUGUAUGUAGAGCCAGUGCUUUCCCCGUCACCCAUGGAAGUUUAUCCAUCAUAUACUGAGCCAGCUCCUGUACCUGAGCUCUACACUGAUGCUGGGCAAACUGGAAUCCACCAGGUUCCCUUGGAAGCACCUGCAAAUGGUAAUUUUCAAAAUGGAGAGGCUCCAGCCCUGUCCUCUUGGUCAGUGUAUUACCCAGUCAUUUCAGACCCCUUCAGCCAGCAAUCCCUUCCUGGAUUUGACUCUUCAGUACCUGCCUAUUGCUAUGUUAGUACCUGGCAUCCAGCAAAUCCACCCUAUGGAAAUUCUCCGCAGAUUGCUAAUGCUGUGAGUUCUGGACCAGUGCAGCAAGUGAGCUAUAUUGCCUCACCUAACCCUGCACGUCAUGAUGUGCCUCAAAGAAUGUAA